AUGUCCUUGGUGCAGGCCCUUCACUACGAGGUUACAGCUCCUGCGUCGUCGUUGUCGCAUCCAGCGGUCCCGUCCCCUCUCCAAUCCAUCCCCCAAACUCCUGCAGACGAUACCCAAGACCCGCUCAAUGACUCUCUCCAGCGGAAUGUGACGCCCACGGCAGGCCAGGCCGUCUUUGAGCGAGCGCCUUCUGUCCAAAUCACUCAAUCCCGUCGGUUGGCCAUCACCGUGCUGCUGCUCCUGGCCAAUCUUGUGCAGAUGACUGUGAGUUUUGCUGGGAUCGCGGGUGGAACUCUGCUAGGGGAGUCUCUAGGUGCUCAGGAGAGCUCUGCCACAAUGACACAAGGGACCUUCGUUCUUAUGAGCGGGCGAUUGGGAGACGUCUACGGCCAUCGAGAGCUUCUCCUGGCGGGCGGAGCAUGGCUUAGUCUUUGUACCUUGAUCAGCGCUUUCUGCAGCAACUUCUAUGCGUUUGUCGCCAUGCGGGCGCUCGCAGGCCUAGGAGGUGCCUUCAUCAUGCCUAAUGCUGUGGCUCUGAUUGCAAGCACCAAUCCUCCAGGACGCGUGCGCAACCUCAGUUUGGGUUUCUUCGCUGCGUCGGCGCCAACCGGUGGCUAUUUCGGGGCAUUGUCCCUGGGUGCAUUCAUGGAAGGAACAGAAUGGAAAUGGUUCUUCGUCUUCAUAGCUGCCAUUGGCAUUGCCACCUUCGUCCCCUUGUGGGCAUUGAGUUCACGAGAGACUCUCCUCGACAGACACGGAAAGAUCGACUGGAUAGGAUCAGCACUGGGAACAAGUUCCCUGAUCUUGUUCAACUUUGUCUGGAAUCAAGCACCCAGCGUAGGAUGGUCCACUCCCUACGAAAUCGCCCUCCUAAUCACAUCCGUCAUCCUUUUUGGGGCCUUCCUUCUCUGGGAGAAAAGCGGCACAGACUACCCUAUCAUGCCGCUCGAGAUCUUCAAGGCCCCAUCAAUCCUCACACUACUCCUCGUCGUCCUCCUCAACUACAUGGCCGUCGGCACUUUGAUCUGGUAUCAGGUCCUCUGGCUCCAAGACGUCUGGCACUGGUCCCCCCUGCACUUCGCCGUCGGCUGGACCCCCUUCGUAAUCUGUGCCACGGGCGCAGCCUCCCUUGCGGCAUGGCUCGUCCCUCGAUUCGCAGCGCAAUGGAUCCUCGCCAUCGGAACCAUAACCAUCCUGAUCUCCAACGCACUAAUGGCCACCGUCCCAGUGCACCAAACCUACUGGGCGCAGGUCUUCCCCUCCAUCGUGCUUUUCUCAUUCUGUCCGGACUUCGUCUACACCGCCGCGCAAAUCAUCGCCAGCAACUCCGUCCGUCGGCACCAGCAAGGCAUUGCAGGUUCACUGAUCGGCGCACUGAACCUCUACGGCGUUAGUCUAGGGUUGGGCUUUGCCGCUACAAUCGAGGACCAGAUCGCGAAACACUCCGGUCGGAUAAUGGGGUACCGGGCCGCUUUGUACUUCGGGGUAGGGAUCAGCGCGGUGGCAUUACUGCUGGACGUGUGUUUUGUGCGGAUGGUGAAGGAUGAUCGCGAAGGAUGGAACGAGGAAGAUCGCGCUGCUGAUGGAACUGAUGCUGAUGCGCUUGAAAUGACGGGACAGGCGGCGGCAACUGGUGCACAGUGGCCUGCUGCGGUAGAGCGGGCGUGA